AUGUCGUCGUCUUCCAUCAACAUUGCGGCAGCGCUCAUGGCUGUCUCCGCCUUGCCAUUGGCUAGUAAGGCCGGAGAAAUCGCCGAUUCUUUGACCAGUUUCUUUUUCGGAUUGGAGUUGGCAGAGCAACUUGGUUUGUUGGGCAUUCUCUUUUCCAUUGUCUUUUUGAUUUCCUCUUUGGUUGGAAGCGGCACUUCCUACGUUCCAGAUGAUGUUGGUUCAACCAUUAACUACCCGAUUGCUGAUAUUGAGAAGGCUUCCAACGAAAAGGAACGCUUCAAGGCAGUCUACCCCAUGCUUCGUGAUCAAAUGAUGGAGCACAUGAACACCCACAAGCUCCCAGGGGAAUCUGUCGAAUGGGUUCGUGAAAUGAUGGACUACACCGUUCCUGGUGGAAAGCUGAACCGUGGUACUACUGUUGUCUCUGUUUACGAGUUGUUGAACAAGACUACCGAUUCUACCGAGAUUGCCAAGGCUGCUGUUUUAGGAUGGGCGGUCGAGUUCCUUCAAGCCUUUUUCUUGGUGGCUGAUGAUGUUAUGGAUGAAUCCCCAACUCGCCGCGGACAACCUUGCUGGUAUCAGCUCAAGAAGGUUGGAUUGAUUGCCAUUAACGAUUCCUUCAUUUUGGAAUCCUUUGUUUUUACCAUUAUCAAGAAGCAUUUCGGAACCUCUGCCUACUACCAACAACUUGUAGAUUUGUUUUUGAAGAUUACACAAAACACUGAGUUUGGUCAAUUGUUGGACCUGACCAGUCAAACACCAGGGGUUGUUGAUUUGACUCGUUUCACUUUGGAGCGAUACCAAAUGAUUGUCAAGUACAAGACUGCGUUCUACACCUUUUACCUACCCGUUGCGAUUGGUAUGAUCACUGCUGGAGUCAAGGACAAUAGCGCAUUCGAUUUGGCUGAGAAAAUUUGCCUCAAGAUGGGUGAAUACUUCCAAAUUCAAGAUGAUUACCUUGAUUGCUUUGGAGAUCCAAAGGUCAUUGGAAAGGUUGGAACUGAUAUCCAGGACAACAAGUGCAGCUGGUUAGUUGUCCAAGCCCUCGAUCGCUGUUCCCAAGACCAACGCAAGAUCUUGGAACAAAACUAUGGUCAAUGGGAUGACAAAAAGGUUGCAAAAGUCAAGGCACUAUACAACGACUUGGAGUUGCCCAAGGUCUUUUCCGACUAUGAAGAAGCUAGCUACGCAAUCAUCCAGACUGAUCUACAAAAGGUGGACUGCAUGCCAAAGGAAUGUUUUGAGAUCUUGUUGAAGAAGAUCUACAAGCGAUCGAAAUAA